AUGGAUGAUCACGGCUUGGAGGAUAUUGCUCGACAGCUCUCGGACCUUGAAGUGGCCCUUUUUCUGUGUCUAGCCAGUCGCGAGCAUUGUCUGAUCGAGACCACGGGGAAUUGUCUCAACGAUCUUGCAAAAGAGUUGGUUUUAAUAGCUUCCAACACAUUUGAACUAUCAUCCUGCAUUGUUGAUUGUACCCCCGCAACCUCCAUUGGGGAACUUUACAAUGAUAUUCUCACUGCAGACGCGCGCAGGAACCAAGAGAGGCCAUCAUACUUUCGAAUGAAAACAGAAUCGUCUAGUAAUCUCUCAUCAUACAUGGGCCGUCGUGAUCGAAACAAAUCGCCAGUCCCAAAUACCCCCUUACGGGAAACAAACGUGGUGAACGUGGUCAUCGCAAAAAACUUCAAUAUAGUGGAGGAUGAUGUCCAGGUUCAGACAUUGCAGUUGAUGCGGACGAGGAAGCUAGUCACCGAGAUGGGAACUCUCAGUGCACCAGAAAGCUUCCUCUUUAUACCACUGGUAGCCCGAGAAUCUGAUCAGCUCAAGCCCGCUUUACAGACACAUCUCGUGAGCCUCCUCCUCCCCGUCGAGCCAAUCCCAUGGUCUCGUUCUAAUACAAGAUCACAGACCGAACACCUUUUGGUUUCACACUUCCAUGCUCCCGAAGAUGGAUUUGUGUUCCUGGAAGAAGGCGAAUGGUAUUCUGACGGCCAACUCUCCGUGUCCUCCGUUGUUCAUAAUCCAAUACUGGCCAAGAGGAAACGUACCACAGUCAAUGCUACACAAAUCGACUAUCUUCGAGAAGCGAGUGAAUCAGUCACCACGAGUGCGGAGGUCGUCCGAUAUAUCCAGGAUAUAGUUGUCUUUCUGCGCCUCAGCCGUGCUGUUGCCGGCGGCGUCUCUGCAAAAGCAAAUAACCAAUUCGCUCGGUUUGCACAAUUUCUGGCUCCGGUCCACGGUAUUGAUUACCUCACGCCAUCGAUUGUGGCACUGGCCGCGAGGAAGGUCUUCCGCCAUCGAAUCAUCGUCGCAAACCCAGAGGACGAUCGCAGUCUCCAAUACGGCAGUGAGCUGGGAGCUGUAUCUCAUGUUUUAAUGGAUGUGACUCCGGACUCCAUCUUGGACGGCGUUCUGGCCCUAGAGCCACCGAUAUGA